AUUUGUAGAAUUAGAUUUUUAAUUUUAUUUGUUAUUAGAAUUAGUUUUUUUACUUCUAGUUUAGUAUUUUUAUUGAAUGACCAGUCUUUAUUUUUAGAAUGAGAAGUUGUUAGUUUAAAUUCAACUAGAAUUGUAAUAACCUUUUUGUUUGAUUGGAUGAGAUUGUUGUUUAUGUCUUUUGUUCUGUUAAUUGCUUCUUUAGUAAUUUAUUAUAGAAAGGAGUAUAUGAGAGGAGAUAUAAAUAUUAAUCGGUUUAUUAUGCUGGUUUUAAUAUUUGUGUUGUCUAUAAUAUUAUUGAUCAUUAGUCCUAAUUUAAUUAGCAUUUUAUUGGGGUGAGAUGGAUUGGGGCUGGUUUCUUAUUGUUUAGUAAUUUAUUUUCAAAAUAUUAAGUCUUAUAAUGCUGGUAUGUUAACUGCUUUAUCUAAUCGUAUUGGGGAUGUAGCUUUUUUAUUAGCAAUUGCUUGAAUACUAAAUUAUGGGAGUUGAAAUUAUAUUUUUUAUUUAGAAAGCAUGAAAAAUAGAAUUGAAAUGGAGGUUAUUGGUGCAUUAAUUGUAUUGGCUGCUAUGACUAAGAGUGCUCAGAUUCCAUUCUCUUCUUGAUUACCGGCGGCUAUAGCGGCCCCUACCCCUGUUUCGGCUUUAGUUCAUUCUUCUACGCUGGUGACUGCUGGAGUUUAUUUGUUGAUUCGAUUUAAUGUUUUAUUGAGAGGCAGAUGAUUGGGGGAUUUAUUACUAUUAUUGUCUGGGUUAACGAUAUUUAUAGCAGGGUUAGGAGCUAAUUUUGAGUUUGAUUUAAAAAAGAUCAUUGCUCUUUCAACAUUAAGUCAGUUAGGUUUAAUAAUGAGAAUUUUAUCUAUAGGAUUUUAUAGGCUUGCUUUUUUUCAUUUAUUGACUCAUGCUUUGUUUAAAGCUUUACUAUUUAUGUGUGCUGGUGCUAUUAUUCAUAAUAUAAAUAAUUCUCAAGAUAUUCGUUUAAUAGGGGGAUUAGGUGUUUAUAUGCCUUUGACUUCAGGAUGUUUUAAUGUAGCUAAUUUAGCGCUGUGUGGAAUACCUUUUUUGGCGGGGUUUUACUCUAAGGAUCUAAUUUUGGAGGUUGUUUCUUUAAGUUAUAUUAACAUAUUUUCUUUUUUUCUUUAUUUUUUUUCUACGGGGCUGACUGUUUGUUAUUCUUUUCGGUUAGUGUAUUAUUCUAUAACUGGGGAAUUAAAUUGUGGCUCUCUUAAUAUAUUGAGAGAUGAGGGUUGGAUUAUGUUGCGAGGUAUGAGCGGUUUGUUAGUAAUGAGAAUUGUGGGGGGUAGUAUAUUAAGAUGGUUAGUUUUUCCAACUCCUUAUAUAAUCUGUUUACCUAGUUAUUUAAAAUUAUUAACUUUAUUUGUUUGUUUGGUAGGAGGAUUGUUUGGGUAUUUUAUCUCUAAUGUUUCUUUAUUUUAUUUUAAUAAGUCUUUGCAUAAUUAUUUGGUUAGAUAUUUUUCUGGCUCUAUGUGAUUUAUACCUUAUAUUUCAACUUAUGGUAUUAUUAAUUAUCCUUUAAUAUUAGGACUAAUAGUGUGUAAGACUUUUGAUCAGGGGUGGUCUGAAUUUUUAGGGGGUCAAAAUUUAUAUCGUGAAUUAGUUAAGUAUUCUCAGCAUGUAUCUAUUAUGCAUAACAAUAAUUUGAAAAUUUAUCUUUUAUUGUUUGUUUUAUGAAUUAUUUUCUUGUUUUUCUUUUUAAAUUUUU